AUGCAGCAUUAUAGAUGCGCAUCUUUAGAAAUACAAGAUGACGUGUACAAGUGUUAUUAUGAUUCCCUGAUUAUAGUAACGAGUCAAAUGCUUGAAGGAGGUAUGGAAAUGCCACAAGCUUUUGACUGGAUACCUAGCUUCACUCCUGAGGUGUGGCGAAAGUCGCAAGUUGUCACUAUUUACAAAAAAGGGGAUAGUAGCGACCCAAACUCCUAUAGACCUAUCAGCCUUACAUCUAUCUUCCGAAAGUCCAUGGAAUACUGCCUACAGCCAAUGAUAUACCAACAGACAUCAUUCAUUGAUAUUGCACAAGGCAGCUUUAAACCCCAACUAUCUGCCAUCGCCCAAGGCAUAAAAACCCAGUAUCAACUCGAAUACACCAAAGACAAGGUCAAGAAUGACUUCCAAAAGUUCUCCUUGAUAGGCUUGAGACCCUCUGGGUUUUCCAUUCUCACCAACAACAGCAUCUAUAAACAAUUCAUAAGGGCAAAGAUUGAAUAUGGACUAUGUAUCCUUAACCUCUACAAAAAACAACUUCCUGCCCUGGAACGCAUACAAGAUGACUGCCUGAGAGCAAUAGUAGGAGGUCACAGAACAGCAUCAAUGGAAUCAUUUCGUGUAAUGACAUGUCUCGAGUCGAUGGAAAUAAGAAAGAUAUCUUUAAAUGCCAAAUACAACAUAAGGUUGCAGUAUCUACAAGAAACCUCCCUUAUCCGAAAGAUUGCUGACUCAAAUAGUAGAUCCAGCCUGGUCGAAAAGUUGAAGCGAAAAAACCAGAUCUACAGACAAUACAAAGUUGACUUAUCAACCGCCUCCAACAACCACGAGAUCAACUGUCUAAAAAAAACAAUCAAAAAGUACAGGAUAACAUCAAUCGCAACAUCUGAUAGAGUCAUGGGCUACGGCCAUUUACACCCCAUUGAUUCUGUACUCAAAAGUCUGCCUGCCGCUAAGCCAAAAACCAUUGCUGCAAAGCAAUUAGUACUGGAUUACUGGAAACCGAAGUGGCACGAUCUCCUGAAUAUCCUGCUUCUGGUAGAUGAAUUCAAUUACCAUCCACCAACCCAAUUUGAGCCGGAAGAAAACAUAGGUGAACUACUCUAUGACUGGAUCUCCAGCUAAUACCAACAACCUACGCAUCACCACUGAUGCUUUAUGAUACUACCAU